AUGCCGACCAGAUAUUCAUAUUCAAGGCUGCACAAGAUCACCAACAACUUUUCAGAUAAACUGGGUGAAGGAGGCUUUGGUGUGGUUUACAAAGGAAGGCUUCCAAGAGGAAAAUUUGUGGUAGUUAAAAUGCUUGAUAGGUCAAGGCAAAGCGGGGCUCAGUUCAUGAACGAAGUGGCAACCAUCGAAAUGAUCCAUCACGUUCAUUUGGUUUGUUUGUUGGGGUAUUGCUUUGAAGGACAUACAAGUGCACUCGUCUAUGAGUACAUUUCAAAUGGAUCUCUCGACAAAUUCAUACUUGCAAGAAAAGAAGAAGAUCAAAUCCUUAAUUGGGAUCAGCUAUAUUCAAUUGCUUUGGGGGCUGCUCCUGGAAUUGCGUAUCUUCAUGAUGAGUGUCACAGCCACAUCAUUCACUUUGACAUCAAACUCCAUAAUUGUAGAAUCUGA